CAGAAAAUGUAACAAAAAAUGUAAUUGGGCUCGCAUUAUUGCGAUAUUGGGAAUUUGCAGCAAUUGAUCAAAAAGAAAUUGGUAAAGUCGCACAGAGGUUGUACGGUAUUAAAGUUAAUUCUGCACCAUGUGAGCACCUGUUUUCUCGAAUAGGAUGGUUCCAAAAUCCAAGACACAAUCAUCUUAAAAUAAGAGCAAUGUUAUUUGAGUUUGGAACAGCAACAACACACUGUAAAACACAAUUUGAAUCAAGCUUUGAACAAAGAAAUGAAAGAGACAACCCAAUUGCACUUGACCUUACCAAAAAUAUGCAUAUUCUGAUACUUGAUGAAUUAACUACAACUUCUUAUAAUAUGCAAAAUUGUCAUCCAGCUGAACACGAAGGUUCAAAGAUUGAACUUCAAUACCUUUUUACACAUGCUUUAUCACAAUCUUCAUUUGUUUGUACUCUUCAGCAAGAUGUUGAGAAUAAUUUUGUAUUUUCUAACAAUUAG